AUGGCCGCCGAAGACGAUUGGGCAACUGAGGGCGUCGUUGACGAGACCCCAGCCUUCGAGAUCCCCGGUGUUGAGCUGCCGGAAGUGAAAUUGUUCGGGAAGUGGAGCCUCCAGGAGGUCAAUGUCUCUGACAUCUCCUUGGUCGACUACAUCGCCGUCAAGGACAAGAACGCCAAGUACACGCCGCACAACGCACAGCGAUACCAAAUUCGCCGCUUCCGCAAGGCCUCGUGCCACAUCGUCGAGCGCCUGUCCAACUCGCUCAUGAUGCACGGCCGCAACAACGGCAAGAAGCUGAUGUCCACGCGCAUCGUCAAGCACGCCUUCGAGAUCAUCCACCUGCUGUCCGGCGAGAACCCCGUGCAAGUGCUCGUCAAUGCCGUGAUCAACUCCGGACCCCGUGAAGAUUCGACCCGUAUUGGACGCGCCGGAACCGUCAGACGUCAAGCCGUUGACGUGGCUCCUCUACGUCGUGUGAAUCAGGCUAUCUACCUGCUCUGCACUGGUGCUCGCGAAUCUGCCUUCCGCAACAUCAAGACGAUUGCCGAAUGCCUCGCCGACGAGCUGAUCAACGCCGCCAAGGGAAGCUCCAACUCGUAUGCCAUCAAGAAGAAGGACGAGCUCGAGCGUGUCGCCAAGUCUAACCGU